AUGUAUCGCGCUCAGGUCCCUGGUGAUUACUCGCGAGACGUUUAUGCGGCCUACGUAUACGGCUUGUCUCCAGGAGCUAUCGUGGAAUUCUGGAUAAGCGCUGAUGAUGAAAUCGUCAGUGAUGUUAGAAGAUUUCGGACGGUCCCACUGAGUGGAGAAGUGACUAUCGCUGUUGGAGGUGACGCUGGUGCCAACGAAUUGGGUCAGCAAGUGAGCGAACAGUUAACUAAAUACGAUCCGUAUGUCGGGGUUUUUGCCGGCGAUGUGAGCUACGACAAUUCGCUGAUUGGGUGUGCUUGCAUCUGGGAUAAGUUUCUGUCGAAUUGGGAUAAGAUACGUGUGAAACCGAAGGACCCGUUAAAAGACGACAAUGAUGAUGAUGAUGAUGAUCAAGGUUACAUGAUACCGUUAAUCUUCACUACUGGCAACCAUGAUCUCGGCGUUAAUGCGAAGCCAAGAGACGUCCGAUACAGCUCCCAAGAUUGCGAUAUGAACACUAUGCGACGAAUUCGACCGCUUUACUACGGCUAUUUUGCAUUUGAAGUGGUUAAUGGACGAGUGCCAGAGAUAUGCGACCGAUCCAAUAAUCAUGUACACGUCCUCGGUCACUCCACAGUCCUAUGGGCACUCGAUUCGGACUAUGGUGAGCCAGCGUUGAAUACAGCGCGAUGGGUAUCAGCACAACUUGACGGUAUCGAAACUGCUCCUGGACGGCAAGCUCGGCAUCUAGCGGUGUAUCAUAUGCCGAUGUAUCCGAGCCUAUCGGAUCCAGCUAUAUGGGCACAGGGCAGUCGACUGCGCGACAUUUGGGAGAAGGAACUUUUUACUAAAAUCAACAUUACGGUGGCGUUCGAGCAUCAUGUGCAUGCGUUCAAGCGUUCACUCCCAUUGAGAAACGGCAAAGUCGGGGAAGCCGAGGGAUUCAGCACCGUAUUCGUGGGUGAUGGGAAAUGGGGAGUUUCUCCCAAUGACAGCCCGCCUGAAGACGCUCUUGCUCGGGAAGAUGAACGUUUCGCAAAGCUAGGUACAUUCAAUCACGUUUGGAUAGCGAAGAUCGAUCUCAGCUCAUCGAAGGGUGGUAUUACACUCAUCGCUGUUGACGAUCACGGCGCUGAGGUGGAUUCAGUCGCCGUCUGA